GCGAGAGCGGCGCGGCGGGACGGCGGGUCUCCGGGCUCGGCGAAGCGGGUGGUGCGGAGCGAUCGCGCUGCCGACGCUCGCGACCCUGCGGACGGCGUGGCAGAUUAACCAAAGGCAAAGAGGACUGAUCUCUCUACGUUCUGAGGACUGCCCUUGCAAGACCCCUGCGACAGACCGUAGGCCCAAGUGUACCUGCUGCCACACUCCCUGCCCACACCCAGACAUUAUUCUGGGGUCCACCUGAGGUCAGCAGUGUGAAGAUGAACAGCACCUUACUAGCAUGACGACCUUGGACCAUGUGAUUGCUACCCACCAAUCAGAGUGGGUCUCCUUCAAUGAAGAGCCGCUCUUCCCCGUCCCCUCAGAGGGGGGCGCUGAAGAGCACUUCCCAGGACUGUCCUCUUCCUCCGAGAGCUCCUCCGGGGAGAACCACGUGGCGGAUGGAGGCUCCCAGGACCUCUCGCACUCGGAGCCCGAUGACUCCUCGGAAAAGAUGGGCCUCAUCUCAGAAGCCGCUUCCCCUCCUGGGAGCCCUGUGCCGCCGCCACCGGACCUGGCCUCGGCCAUCAGCAGCUGGGUUCAGUUUGAAGACGACACACCCUGGGCCAGCGCCUCACCGCCUGCGCCUCCGAAGGAAGCAGCUCACCCAUUGACCAUGCCCUGCUGGACGUGCCCUUCCUUCGACUCCCUGAGGAGGUGCCCUCUGACUUCCGAGAGCAGCUGGACCACCCAUUCUGAAGACACCAGCAGCCCCAGCGCGGGCCCUUCACACACAGACCUGCAGCUCCUCAACGCCGAGGAGCAGACAAGCAGCAGGGCCUCCGGGGCUGACUCGACCGACAAUUCCUCCUCCCUCCAAGAAGAUGAAGAGGUAGAGCUGGAGGCCAUCAGCUGGCAGGGCAGCAGUCCAGCCAUGAAUGGGCAUUCUGUCCCUCCAGUGACUGCUGCUCGUUUCCCCAGCUGGGUCACUUUUGAUGAUAAUGAAGUCAGCUGCUCUCUGCCACCCAUCACCUCGCCUCUGAAGCCAAAUGCACCGUCGACUGCACCUGUGAUCCCAGCUGCACCUCUCAGCUCCACUGGGUCAUUCAAGAGGGACCGACCCAGGAGCACGUUGAUGAACUUGUCCAAAGUUCAAAAGCUGGACAUUUCCUCCUUAAACCGGCCACCUUCCGUGACCGAGGCCCCACCCUGGAGGGCCACCAACCCUUUCCUGAACGAGACUCUACAGGACAUACAGCCCUCCCCCAUCAACCCUUUCAGCGCUUUCUUUGAAGAACAGGAGCGGCGUUCAAAAAACAGUUCCAUUUCUAGUACCACUGGCAAAAGCCAAAGAGACUCUCUCGUUGUCGUCUACCAGGAUGCCAUCAGCUUUGAUGAUUCAGGCAAAAACCAGUCCCACUCUGACGCUGUGGAAAAGCUCAAGAAACUCCAAAUUGAUGAUCCUGAUCACUACGGCAGUGCGGCCCUGCCUGAUGACGACCCCACAGCCUGGGUCGAACUGGAUGCUCACCCACCAGCAUCGGCUGUGUCCCAGCCCAGGGAUGGGUGGCCAAUGAUGCUGAGGAUCCCCGAGAAGAAAAACAUCAUGUCCUCUAGGCACUGGGGACCGAUCUACAUCAAACUGACAGACAGCGGUUACCUGCAGCUGUAUUAUGAGCAGGGCUUAGAAAGACCAUUCCGGGAGUUCAAGCUAGAGACCUGCCACGAGGUUUCAGAACCCCGGCUUCAAAACUACGACGAGAACGGGAGGAUCCACAGCUUGCGGAUAGACCGCGUCACCUACAGGGAGAAGAAGAAGUACCAGCCCAAGCCUGCGGUGGCCCACGCGGCUGAGCGGGAGCAGGUGGUUAAGCUGGGCACCACCGACUACGAGGAUUUCCUGAGCUUCAUCCGCGCAGUCCAGGACCGCCUCAUGGCCCUGCCGGUGCUCUCCAUGGACCUGAGCACCGUUGGCUUGAAGUACCUUGAAGAGGAGAUUACAGUGGAUGUCAGAGAUGAAUUCUCUGGCAUUGUGAGCAAAGGAGACAACCAGAUCCUCCAGCAUCACGUCCUGACCCGGAUCCACAUCCUGAGUUUCCUGUCGGGGCUGGCAGAGUGCCGCCUGGGCCUCAAUGACAUCCUCAUCAAAGGGAACGAGAUCGUCUCCCGGCAGGACAUCAUGCCCACCACCACCACGAAGUGGAUCAGGCUUCACGAGUGCCGCUUCCACGGGUGUGCAGACGAGGACGUGUUCAACAGCUCCCGGCUCAUCCUGUUCAACCCUCUGGACGCCUGCCGGUUUGAGCUGAUGCGGUUCCGGACGGUGUUUGCGGAGAAGACCUUGCCCUUCACGCUCAGGACGGCGGCGAGUGUCAACGGGGCCGAGGUGGAAGUGCAGAGCUGGCUCCGGAUGUCACCUGGCUUCUCCUCGAACCGCGACCCUCUCACUCAGGUUCCCUGUGAGAACGUCAUGGUUCGUUACCCAGUGCCUAGUGAGUGGGUGAAAAACUUCCGCAGGGAAAGCGUGCUGGGGGAAAGGUCUUUGAAAGCCAAAGUGAACCGAGGGGCAAGUUUUGGCUCAACUAGCAUGUCUGGCUCCGAGCCAGUGAUGAGAGUAACUCUGGGAACUGCCAAGUAUGAGCACGCCUUCAACUCCAUCGUGUGGAGGAUAAACCGACUGCCAGACAAGAACUCAGCUUCUGGUCAUCCACACUGUUUCUUUUGCCACCUUGAACUUGGCUCAGACCGAGAAGUGCCUUCUAGAUUUGCCAGUCAUGUGAAUGUGGAGUUCAGCAUGCCCACAACUUCUGCCUCCAAAGCCGCCGUGAGAUCCAUCUCUGUGGAAGACAAGACUGAUGUCAGGAAGUGGGUCAACUACUCCGCACACUACAGCUACAAGGUGGAAAUUGAACAAAAAAAGAGCUUGAAGCCAGACUUUGAGGGAGAUGACUUGGAAAACCCCAAGGAAUGUGGGGUACAGUGACAAAGACUUACAGCAAUGGACACUGGCCUAUGCCACAACAGGUUGUCUUCCUGAAUAGCUGAAGUUAAGUCCAUCCCCGCUGUGGCCACUCUGCGUUGGGGGCAGGCCAUCCUGUGUACAGUGUCCUGUAUUGCACGGGACACCCUGAUGAGCUGCCUCAGCUCCAGUCCCACGGGAAGCACGGGGUGCACCUAGCUUUUGGAGCUUAUGGUGGCAUUAGGCCUCCUUGUCUCGGUCUGCUAUGGCACAGCACUGACACGUGGUUUGUGUGACUGUCAGGAUCUGGGAAAGAACUCCCACAUCACUGCUGCCCGCUUCCUUCUGACAUUCACCUGUCACUUACGCGUUUCUGGGCAAAGCAGAAUUGAGAAGUUGCUCAACCCGUCACUACUGCUGUGUCUAUAAGAAGGUCAAAAAGGGUUCAGAACAAUUUCCUCUUUGGAUCAUCUAGACCUUCUAUAGAUGUUUCCUUUCUUUAAAUAUUGACACUAUGCAACAGGAUUUUCCCAGAUGUUUCCUCCUGGUUCUAGGUUGUUCAGCUCAGAAUACUUUCUUUUUCCUUGCCCACUCCUCUCAGGCUGUGCACUUUUUUCAUUUCUAUUUUUUCAUUUGGUAUCCUAAGACACUACACAGUGGGGGAAAAGCCCAGGCAGAUGUUUUCAGUUCAGGGGUUGGACUGACAUCCUAUAAUAGGAUUGGAGUGGAUUCACAGUCGGUGGAAGAGGAAGCAGAAUUGAAGAAAACUUGAAAUUUUUCUUCAGUUGAGGGAAAAGGGGCAUUCAGCAUAAGAUUGUGUGCAGUUCAUGAGAUGUUAUCAAUCUCGGUGAAUUCCCAAGUUGACACUGAAAAACACAGACCACAUCUGAUUCCUAGAACAUAGGCCUCUGUGUGUGUGUGUGUGUGUGUGUGUGUGUGUGUGUGUGUGUGUGUGUCAGGGACAUUUGGGAGUUCCUUUUGUACCUCAUAGGCAGUAGACUGUUGCAUGUCUCUCUAACUUAAACUUUAUAGGAAAUUUAAGAUGAAAUGGUAACUUUCAUUUUAAAAGCUGUCUUAAAAACUUAUUUUGAGUAAGCUUUGCCCCAAAUUCAGAGUUUGAUAAUCAGUGGUAUAAUAGGCCAAAAAGGCAGAAAACUCUAGGGUAGAGAUAGGGAAAAGCCAUAUUUCCUAAUGUUGUGAACAUUAAAUUUUGCUUCCAAGAGUCGGGACAGUCUUCUUCCCUGCAUCUGACUGUGUGCCCCUCUGCUUAUUUGUACCUUGCUGCUUUUUUUCUCAUGAAGAGUAGGGUGAAGCCAUGCCUGGUGGUGCACACCUUUAAUCCCAGCUCUUGAGAGGCAGAGAUAGAAGGAUUGCAGUGAGUUCAAGGCCACCCUGAGACUACAUAGUGAAUUACAGGUCAGCCUGGGCUAGAGUGAAACCCUACCUCAAAAGGGGGGAAAAAAAAAAAAAAAGGAGUGAGGGACAGAAAGCAUGCCCUACCAGAUUUGUAGAUGAUAAGAGAAAUAGUGUUUUCAGUUUGGGACUGAUAGAUUCAACAUUAAUUUAUUACACUCACAUACAGUGAUAUCUAUGUGCUGACUCUAGGUUAUGGAAAUCAUUGCAGUGUUUUUAACCAUCUAAGCAUAGGCACACUGAAAGAAUGGGAUUGAAUAGGAAUUCAGUGAGAAGCCCUAUGUUUUGAGUUUUUUAAUGCAAUCUUCUAAGUACAGAGUUGUGUGCACAGAUGUGUGUGUUAGCAUUAUCAGGAGAGUAUUGGGAAGACCUGGUUUUAGACCAGUUCAUACAGAAAUGUUUUCUUUAAAGAGAUGGUAGUUCAAUUUUUAACCAGAAACUUACCGUGGCCAGUCACAAAGCUGAUGCAUUCCAUCUGUAUUAAUAGUUGUAUACAGAGUUCUGCAUGCUCUGUUGGUCAGGACACUCUGAAUGGAGGAUUGGACUCAGUUAUAGAUAGUGUGUCUUAAGAAAUACAUUAAUAAGUUGAUUGCGUCCACAGGCAGGUGACUGGGGUUGUGAAGUCUGGUUAUAUAAGGAACAGAGGACCAGUUCCCCUGAAGGACAGAAGAUAUAGUUGGGAAGGAAGUGUCUAGAAGGCAGAAAUGUUAUAAUAACCUAACAUCAAAGUUUCUGUUGAGUUAUAAAAAGGAGAAAGAAGGAGUUAGAUGUAUUGUUUUUGACUUUCAAAGGCAAAAAUUGGAACAAGCAGGAGUCUUACAGAUAACAGAUGUUUGCAUUUAUAUAAAAAUUUUCAGAGA